UCUCUCUCUCUCUCUCUCUCUCUCUCUCACACACACACACACAAAGACAUCCGCUGGAUACUGGCACACGCUGAAGAGGAAUCAGAAACAUAGCGACACAGAAGGGCUAGCAGGCAGACAGGCAGGCGGAAACACAAUCCCUGUACUGGACUGGACUGGGAGAGACUACACUGGGAGGCAGAUGUACUGUACUGGGAUAUAUUUAUACUGGGGAGGCUAACCUCGUCAUGGCAACAAACCGACCUCUCUAAGGAUUAAACUUCUCUUCCUCCAAAGGACUUCAUCCUCCUUCCUCCUCAUCUCCUCAUUCAUUUUUCACCAUCCUUUUUCUCUACAAUCGUUCCUUUUUAAAUGUGAUUGGUUGUUGCUGCCGGCCGGAGAUCGAUGUGAGGAUUAUACCAACAGCUCUUUCUCUCCGUUUCUUUAUGUUAGGAUAGAUUUUUUUGUGUCCGUUUUGGUUUUGGCGUUGGGGUUGGUGGUGGGUGGCUGGUAUUUUGGAAGGGCGGAGUAUCUCCUCCUUACCCCUUUCCCCAGGAGGAGGCUGGCAUCGGGGCUUCCUGAUGCCAGGGCUCGUCUAGAGAGGGUGGACGCGGGACGCUCCGACAUGCCCCACCCCCUUCCCUCUGCCGGGCCCCCUGAUUGGCGGAGCCAGGGGAGGACCUCGCACACAACCAAACCAACCAGACCUGUUCUGCUGUGUCUCCUGUGUGUCCUGUCUUCCCUGGUGGAUCUAACCACCGCCUGUCCUCCGACCUGCUUCUGCAACGCCACCGACGUAGACUGCAGCGGGCGCGGCCUGCUCUCCAUGCCCGCCCUCACCCAUCUCCCCGUCUCCGCCCGCACCCUCCUGCUGCCCAACAACCACCUCUCCUCCCUGGGUCCAGGGUCCUUCGCUAACCUCACCUCCCUGGAGCAACUGGAUCUCUCCAACAACCACCUCUCCUCCCUGGGUCCAGGGUCCUUCGCUAACCUCACCUCCCUGGAGCGACUGGAUCUCUCCAACAACUACCUGGAUAAUCUUCCCCCAGCGCUCUUCAAGGACCUGGGGAAUCUAUCAGAUCUGACCCUCCACAACAACAGUCUUAGGGCCUUGGAUAGGGAUCUCUUCCAGGGGCUGGUGGGGCUGAGGAAGCUAGAUGUCUCCCUCAACGGGCUGUCUGAUAUCCCCCUGGGUCUGCUGGAUGAGCUGCAGGGGCUGACGUGGCUCUCCGUGGCCGGGAACAGGCUCCAUGCCCUGGAGAGAGCAGCCUUCGAGCCCCUGGCUAACCUCCAGUCUCUUCAGCUAGGGGCUAACCCCUGGGAGUGUGACUGCAACCUGAGGGACUUCAAGCACUGGAUGGAGUGGCUGCUGUACAGAGGUGGUAAGGUAGAUGGGGUGGAGUGUACCCUCCCUAAGGACCUGCGAGGGCGGGACAUCCGUGGUGUUCCAGUGGAGAUGUUCAACUACUGCCUCCAACUGGAUGACGAGAACAGGGGAGGAGGGGGGCCGCGGAGCGGAGGAAAAGAAGGUUCAUCCCCGCCCUGCGGCCGAACUACCGGCCCCGGAGCCCCCACAUCCGAAUCUGAAGUCCCCGCUGCGGGCGACCUGGUGCCCGUCCCGGACUGUGUGCGGCGGCGCUACCAGCCGGUGAGCGUGCGGAGGGCCAUCGGGACGGUGGUGAUAGCCGGGGUGGUGUGUGGCAUCGUGUGUAUCAUGAUGGUGGGGGCGGCGGCCUACGGAUGUAUCUAUGCCUCGCUCAUGGCCAAGUAUCAACGAGAGCUGAAGAAGAGGCAGCCGCUGAUGGGAGACGGGGAGGGUGACGCAGACCCUGAGGACAAGCAGAUCUCCUCUGUGGCAUAGAGGGGUCAGGGGUUAGAGGUCAGGGGUCAAGGUUGAAAGGGCUCUAUUACUCCUCUCCCUCCGCCUCCUCUCCCCCUGAAACCAACCAGCUCCUGCUACUGUCUUCUCUAUCUCCACCAAACGACAAUCACAAUGGGUCCUCUCCUCCAUUCUGAACCCUGUUCUCAUUCUGAGAUGAGAUAGAUAUGUACGAGUCAGACCACUAGACAACCGCCUGAUAGGGUGAUCAACAAACUCUGAACCUUCAAUGACCCUUCUCUAUCCCUCAGCCCACAAACCCCACAGCCCUGCAGAAACAAGAACUGGGUCUGGUUUGGCUUGGUCUGGACUGGUCUGAUUUGACAUGGUCUGGUUUGGCAGGACAUGGUGGAGGGAUGGCCUGAUUCUCUCUGUCCUCUCCCUCCUGUUGUUCUCUGAGAUGGAGGGAUGGCCUGAUUCUCUCUGUCCUCUCCCUCCUGUUGUUCUCUGAGAUGGAGGGAUGGCCUGAUUCUCUCUGUCCUCUCCCUCCUGUUGUUCUCUGAGAUGGAGGGAUGGCCUGAUUCUCUCUGUCCUCUCCCUCCUGUUGUUCUCUGAGAUGGAGGGUUGGCCAGACGCUCAGAGGGAUAUUAAAAAAUAAGGGAUUAAAAGAUGCUGCUAUUGUCUUUCAUCCCUCCCUCCCUUUCAUCCCUCCCUCUCUGUGUUCCCACCUGCUGAAAGAGUACACAACCGUUGUGGGGACUUUUCCUCUCCCCUCCUCCCCUCAUCCUCCCUUUCAUCCCUCUGUUCCCACCUUCAAGAGGAGUACACACAUACUGUGGGGACUUCUCUCCUCUCUUCCCUGUCUGUGUAAUCUCUAUGGAUGGGACAUCAACCUCUCCUACUAACGAGCAGGAUCUUCCCCCUCACCCCUGAAUUGGCUGGACAAACAAAGCGUAUAUUAUUAUAUACUGCUCUCUGGUUUAGGUGAUUUAAUAUAGCCUCUAUUACAUGCAGUGACCCAACUCCUGGUUUAGGUGAUUUAAUAUAGCCUCUAUUACAUGCAGUGACCCAACUCCUGGUUUAGGUGAUUUAAUAUAGCCUCUAUUACAUGCAGUGACCCAACUCCUGGUUUAGGUGAUUUAAUAUAGCCUCUAUUCCAUGCAGUGACCCAACUCCUGGUUUAGGUGAUUUAAUAUAGCCUCUAUUACAUGCAGUGACCCAACUCCUGGUUUUUGAUAAACAUUAAUUUGGUCCCGUAUCAGUUUUUUCAUUUGGUGUUGUUGGUUUUGUUUGGGUGAUAACCUGAUAUCCUGUAACGUUUUAGAGCUGGUUAGAUUUGCUCCGACAAAAACCCUUCAGGUAUACUGUCUUGCUAGCGAUGUUGGUAAUAAAAACUGAAUCCAGUUGUGUUGUUGUUAAAUGGGUCAUAACCCACGUACAGUACAGUACCACAGUUCUCUGUGAUGGGGAAUGAGACCCUGGAUCACUACCCAGGAUUCCAUAGUAGCUUGGGAGGCGUGUCUUGACAACACAUGAUGGUAGAUAAACAGGCUGAUGCCGAUGAAAGAGAACUAGAGACAGAUCAAAUGGGAUGUAAUGGGAUGUAUGGGAUGUAAUGGGAUGUAAUGGGAUCACAUGGGGUGUAAUGGGAUGUAAUGGGAUGAAAUGGGAUGUAAUGGGAUCAAAUGGGAUGUAAUGGGAUGUAAU